AUGGGCUACACCCGCGACCUGGAUCGCGUCGGGGCGGAGGAAGGCGACCCCGUCGCGCUGUUGCCGCCGCUGCAUUUCAUAUUUCUGGGCUACUCGAAGCUCUUUGCCGCGAAAAUCGCGGAACGGGGGUUCGAACUGAUGGGUAAGACCGACGUGCGGUUCGUGGAGGGCCUAUGGAAGGUGAUGCGCGAUGUGUUUCGGUACCGCCCGAGCAUCACAGCCUCGCAGUUCCUCCUGAAAGGGUACGCGGAGCGCAAGGCCAUCCUGGUGUACGACCUCGCGGAGCUUUGCCGGAAGUGGCACGAGCGCCUCGCCAGGUAA